AUGACGCAGUCACGCUCUUCCCACGGCAGCACGCCAGUUCCAAGGCAUGGUGCUCCUCCAGGUGAUGCCGCUCAAGCCCUGUCGGGAGCUUCCCGUAAACAUCCGGGGUCUAGCUUUGUAAGGGGUUUUUGGCUUUUUUUCCACGGGGUUCCUGGCGCGGUGUCCCUGUGCCCCCCGCCCGCCGCCACCGCCCCCGCGUCACUCACGGCGGGGAGCGCCGUCCCUGCCCCGGCGGACUCCCUGGAGCUGGCGGCGUCCUUGGAGCCGGCGGCCUCCGGAGCGCCUUCCGCUUCCCGGGUACUGGAAGGAGAGAAGGAGGCGGGUGUUGGGGUGGGAGCGGGCGCGGCGGUGAGUGAGUGCUUGGGGCCACAGGUUAUUUUACAAACAGAAUCUGAAAUAAAGCAAGGGAAGUCACCCUCAAGGCUUGAUACCUUUAUUAAGUCAUUGGAAGAGAACAGAGACUACUAGAAAUGUGAGACUGAGAAUUUGUUGAAGGUAUUAAGAAACACAUCUUCAAGUCCUAAGCAAACCUCUUUUUGUGACCAUAUGUAAAUAAAAAAAAUCUCAGCCAUCCAAGCACAGGAGGAGAUUUCCUGGCUCCUUCAGGAAGUUAUAAAACGCCCCAGGACUCCUAAAAGCACUGCAGCAACUCAAGCUAUGUUAAGGUGCGUGGAGAUAGAAAGGGAUACAGCACUGUCAGAUUUCCAAAGGAUGACUGCAAAACGUGAUAGCCUCAGGGAGCAGUUAAAAAUUUCCCAAGAAACUGCGUUUAAUCAAAAGGCUCAUUUAAAACAGAGAAUUGAAGAGCUUGAAACUACCAUUCAUAAUUUAAAUAGUGAAUGGUUAGAAUAGAUGUCCAAAGUGGCACUAGUGAAAGACACCACUGAUUCUCUGGAAACAGAUGAAAAGAUGACAAAAAAAGUACUUGCCUCUGAAACUGAGCUGAGUUUGGCAGAAUAUCUUUCUCUUAGUUUACUGAAAGAAAAGACAAAACAGACUCUUCCAGAGACUCAGCAAAGCCUCAUUAAGAAAAAACAUGAAAUGAAACUUAGCCAAGAGAAAAUUAUGCUUUUGGAUGAAAAAAUUGGUAACUUUUCAAGACAAAGCCAUGUACAAGAAGAAGAGAUCUGUGCUUUGAAAGAAACAAUUGCACAACUUGAUAAAGAGAAGGCAUCUCUGCAAGAUUAUGUGGAAGAAAGAAGAGAGAAGAUUGCUACUUUUGAGGAAAGCCUGGCAAAUGAAGAGAAAAUAAUUUCAGAUUUCAAGAUUCUGAUUUCUGAGUUGGAGCAUUCCACAAAGACAUCUGCUGAAGCACUCUCCCUUUAUGAGAAGGAUAUCACCAGUUUGCAUCAAGAGGUACAAGAAACCAACAAAGAACUCGCACAGACCAACAAGAACAGAGAAUCAUUAGCUCAGGAAAAUGACAGGUCACAAGAGCAUCUUUCUAAUAUUAAGCAAGAAGUUCAGCUGCAGAGCAAGUGUGAGUCAUCCCAUUCUGAAACAGAGCUGCUGAGAAAACAACUGGGAAAUGAAAGUGUCUAUGAAAAACCUGGAAUCUUUGCUUGUGUGAGAAGGAAUUUCAGUCACAGAUAG